AUGUGGUUAGUGUGCGCUCUUCUUUUUUUUUUUUGCAUUUGGUCCCGUCACCGUUCUCCACGCGUUGAGGAAAGUGUUGAAUGGGUAUUUCGUUCAUUGUCCCUCCCCCAUCCCCAGGGACAGUGGGUGGUGUUGCCACCGGCCUUCUCUCCGAUGCUGGGCGGCCAUCCGGCUGCUCUGAUGCUCGGGGCCCGGGGUGCAUGGGGGCGGCUGGCCGCCGCAUUCGCAACAAUUAAAGGUUCGUACGCCAGUGGCGGUGGGGACUCCGCGUGUGUGGGGAUUGGCCUGUCGCUGCUUUGGCACCGCGGCUGGGGCCCCGCUGUGGGGCCAAUGUUUAUGACCUCUUACUUUUGCGAGAAACCGGAGGCUCGCGUGGGUCCCAUGCCCGUGGAGCACUGCUUCGUCAAAGGUUUGGCCCUGCCUGGUGUUGGUGCUAGUGGCGUUGUGCUGGACCGUUGUUUUUUUUUCUUCCACUAA